AUGAUAGCCUUCCUUGGCGUGGCCGAUGCUUUAGAAGAGGGAGAUGCAGAGGUAAAAGUAUGGGUUAGGCAAGUGAGAGAUGUUGCCAACGACAUUGAGGAUGUUCUUGAUGAGUCCAUGCUCUUGUCAUAUGAUCAUCACUUCCAUGCUUCUUGUUGUUUCAUUUCUAAAUUGGUUUUCUCAAUCAGAAACAUCAAAGCCAACCAUAAACUUGUCGUCGAAAUCCAAACACUCAAAACAAGAGUCCGCAAUAUUGCAGAGGGACAUAAGAGAUACCGUUACAAAUUUAAUGUCCCCGAGCAAGGUUCAAGUUCUAACCAUGUCUAUAAUACUGCGCAUGAUCGCAGAGGGGAUGCGCUAUUGCUAGAAGAAGGUGAGAUAGUGGGCAUUGAGAAUCCAAGACAGCAGCUAAUCAGUUGGCUCGUGGAGGAUGAUCCCACGCUUAAAGUGGUUUCGGUGGUGGGAAUGGGAGGUUCGGGAAAGACCACCCUGGCCAAGAAAGUGUAUGAGGAUGCAGCAGUUAAGAAGUAUUUCAAUAGCGUUGCUUGGAUAACAGUUUCUCAGUCCUUCAAGGCUGAGGAAGUUUUGAUAGACAUGAUCCAACAACUCUAUGAUGAAGUGAAGCAGCCAGUCCCCAAAGGUCUAAGCACCAUGAGCAGUAACAGACUAAAAGCACUAGCAAAAGUAUUCCUGCAAUCGAGAAGGUAUGUACUAGUUUUUGAUGAUGUCUGGACUAUUCAAGCUUGGGAAGCUAUUAGAUAUGUAUUGCCUGAUGUAAAUAAUGGAAGUCGUGUUAUCGUCACAACACGUCUUUUCGACGUGGCUUCCUUUUGUAGCAUAGAGUGCAAUGGCUAUGUUUAUGAGCUGAAACCCUUGUCGAAGAGACGUGGAGUCUUUUCUGCCAAAAGGAAAAUCUUAAAAAAAUGUGGUGGAUUGCCGCGGGCUAUUGUGGCCAUUGGUGGGGUUUUGGCUACAAAGAGCUGGACUAAUAUUAGGGAAUGGGGAAUGCUUAAUCACAGCCUUGGUCCUGAACUUGAUAGCAAUGACAAAUUUGGGAGUAUGAGAAUAGUUUUGUUACUCAGUUUCAAUGAUCUUCCCUACUAUCUUAAGCCAUGUUUCCUGUAUUUGAGCAUUUAUCCCGAGGAUCAUCUAAUUGAGCGCAAUACGCUGAUCUACCGGUGGAUAACAGAAGGGUUUGUAAAACAAAAAGAGGGGAGGACAGUUGAAGACGUUGCAGAAGGCUAUCUCAAUGAGCUCAUCAACAGAAGCUUGCUCCAUCCGGUGCAAUACAAUGAUGACGGUAGCAUGAAAUUGGGACGGAUUCAUGACCUAUAUCGCGAGCUUAUUCUUUCAAAAUCAAGAGAUGAUAACUUUACUGCAACAGUUAAUGAGCAGACUACAUUGUGGCCUGAAAAAACUCGACGCCUGUCAAUCCAUGGCACGCUAGGGAACCUACAAGUGAAAAGGAUGCUCAGAGUUUUAGAUUUGAGAAGAGCCCCUCUAGAAAUGAUUCCUGAAACAGUUUUCCAGUUGUUUCAUUUAAGGUAUCUAAGCUUGAGGAAUACCAGUGUGAGGGUGCUUUCAAGAUCCAUUGAAAGACUCAAACAGCUAGAAAUAUUAGAUCUGAAGCAGACAUAUGUCACUGAGUUGCCUGUGGAGAUUUUGAAACUUGAAAAUCUCCGACACCUUUUAGUUUAUAGCCACGUUUCCUACUCGUAUCUUCCUUAUAAUUGUUCACCGGGUUUUAAGGCUUUGAGAGGAUUUGGAACUUUGAGAGCCUUGCAGAAACUUGUGUAUAUUGAGGCAACCCCCGGCAGUGACAUACUCAGAGAAGUAGGGAUGUUGAGUGAACUGAGAAGACUUUGUAUUCUAAAGUUGAGAAAAGAAGAUGGGAGGAUUGUGUGCUCAUCAAUUGAAAAGCUCCGCAAGCUUAAGUCUUUAAAUCUUAAAUCAGUCGAAGAACAUGAGAUCCUUGAUCUUUCUUACAUGUCUUCUCCUCCACCUCUUCUUCAGCGCCUGUAUUUGACAGGACGCAUUGUUAAGUUUCCAAGGUGGAUUCAAGAUCUUCAUUCCUUGGUCAAAAUAUACUUCAGGUGGACUCAUUUAACAGAUGAUCCGCUCAAAUAUCUCCAAGAUUUGCCCAAUCUUGUCCAUCUCGAAUUUCUUGUAGGAUACACUGGAGAGGAACUAUACUUUGAGCAAGGUAAAUUUCAGAAGCUUAAGUUGUUAAAUUUGGACAAGUUGGAAGGACUAAGACGGGUGACAAUCAAAGAGGGUGCAAUACCUCAUUUGGAGAAGAUGGUUAUCCAGAGAUGUACUCUGCUGGAAAGUGUGCCAAUAGGAAUUGAAUGCCUCCUUAGUCUGAAGAUUCUUGAAUUUUUUGGCAUGUCUGAUGAAUUUAUCAUGACAUUGCGUCCCGACAAACUAGGUGCUGAUUCUGGGAAAGUUUCACAUAUUCCUGAAGUAUAUUAUUCGUAUUGGAGGGUACAUUCACUAAAGGAGAAGUGCAACAAUCAGAUUUCAAGCCAUUUUGGAGCUGUCACUAGGACCUAUGGAAGGCGAAAUUCGCUUUAUUCGUUUCAAAGAGUUUGUGAGUUCUCAGAUUUGCAUUAUGAUGCCAUACUAACCUUGUGCAAUUUUGCAAUCUCUGCGCGCGGCGUUGACAGUGUUGGUGAUGAAGAAAUCGAUAGUGGUGGUGUUGAGUUCUCUGUUGAUUAUCUCCACCAAACGGAGAAGAGUUCUUCUUCUAGGUUUCAAGAAACAGGCCAUAUUCUUGGGCGACAAGGGAACUACAACGUCAGUAAGGCCAAAUCUACUGUAUUUAAACUAAGUUUAAAGAAGACUCAGGACAUUGACGACAAGCUUCAACACAAACAUGUUGAUAGUGAUAAAGAAAAGAAGACAGAAGUAGGGAAGUGUCUGUCCGACAGUACAGAAAGCAAGAACAUGAGUUGUGUCACGGGAUCGGCAACCAAGAAUUCUCCUGGAGGUUUAAGGAAGAUGAAGGAGGAUAUCAACCGCGUGGAAGAAAAACAAGAUUGUUCCUCACAGAAGAUCAAGAGGAGGCUUGAGGGAGGAGGGCAGUUACAGAAACAGAGAAACUGCAGUGCAAUUACAAGACCAAAUCAGAAAACAACACAAAGCUCUACAGUUGCAAGACCAAUGCAAAAACCAGCACAAAGCUCGACAGUUGCAAAACCAAUGCAAAAACCAGCACAAAGCUCUACAGUUGCAAGACCAUUAAUGGAAAAAAUAACACAAUCCGGAAUGAAGUUUGAAUCAAGUAAAAGAAAAUUUGAGGAAAGGGUUGCUGAGCAAAAAAAUGCCAAGAGAAGGAUCAUAAUGGUGGACUUUCAUGAUAUGCUGAAACCAGCUAAAGAUCCUUCUGCUCCCAAAUGCUGCUGGGAUACAAGGAGGAGGUUUUGA